GCAUUCCGGGGCGAACCGCCAACGGGGCGAAACGUCCCGCUACCUAUCAGAUUGAUGUCAACAAAAUGGAAGACGAAAACCAGAACAUGAUGCCAGUCCCUGAUUAUCCAAGCUUCCCUCUCUCCUCGUAUAUGUGUCUUAAAGUAUUGAGUUGUAAUGCACAUUUAGCAUGCCCAUUUUCAGAAGCAUACAUUGACAUGGUUCCGAUGCAAAAUGAUCGGGAAGAUGUGUACUUUUUUCCACUGCAGACUCUGAUACCAAAAGCAUAUUCGUUUCUUUCGUUAGAAGCAAACAACUUUACAGGGAUCCGAAUAGCAGACCCAGAGAAUGCGACUGAAGAACAAAAGGCAGCAUUUCACUGUCUCCAAAACUUUCUACAAAAUCAAGAAGACCAUGUUCAAAGUCUUCAAGCCAUGAGGAUGGAGGGUCAGGAUGCCACCAAGGCGUGUUACACAUUGGCAGUUCAUCUAUUUUCUCAGUUGGUACCCGGAGAGCAGGUUACCAUUAACAGCAGAAUGAAAGGCAUCGACGAGUUACCAUCUUGUCCCUGCAAAUGUGGAAGAAAUAUAGACAUUGGAAACACAGGAAUUGGUCAUCUAAAAGUGUGGCAUGGCAAUCCUGAUAUUGUUAUAAAGACAGGGGAAACAACAAUUGUAGUCAAGAAAAAUGUUAAAGACACUAGAGGGGAUGACCCUGAACCAAAGAAAUCAAAAUUAUCUGAAGAGGAUGAGGAGGAUGAAGACUAUUCCUUUUAUUCAGUGGAAGAAGGAACAGACAUCUUUGAAUAUAAAUUUCAAAAUCAGCUGAUUAGCCAAACAUUGACUAAUUCAUUUAUUCAAAAGAAUCAGCAUGGAUUUAUUAAGAGACUUGUCCCAGCCAUUGGUUGUACGUACGACAAUAUCAUUGUAGCCUUGUACGACCCUGACAGGGACAUUCUUCUCAGAAGAGUUGCACCAAUAAGUGUUUUGGAAGAAGAUUCAGACAGUUUUAAUCUUUUAGGAAUAUUGGAGAUAUGGCGUAUAUUGAAUUUGCAUAUUGUAGGUGCUGACCUCUGUAAUCUAAUUGUGACUGAGUUGGACCAAUCAGGAUUUAGAUCACAAAUUGAAGCUAGAAAGGUGCUUAAGUAUUAUUCUAGUGCUAAAACAGACAUUUCUAUUGGUCAGAGUCAGAAUAUAUUACCACCACUCUUGACUGUUAUGAGCAAUGUGAAACGGGGAAAGUUUGUUGUUAAAGGCAUCAGUAAUAAAUGACCUGUUCAACAUC